UUGGCAUCGUAAAAAUUGCAUAUUUAAAUAUAUAAAACUUUACGAAUACAUUAAAAAACACGAUAUGGCAACAGAAAAAAAUAAGUAGAAAAAGAAAAGUCAUCGUUUAUAUUUCCUAACUUUUUGCCCUCAGAAAAACUUUAGUUUAAACAAAGACUUAUUUGAGCGUAAAUUGUUUUGUUUUUAGUUUUUAAUUUAUUCAGAGAUUAUCCAAUCAUAAGUUCAACAAAAAUAAAGAGGACCAAGGCCCUAAAAAGACAAGCGAACGAGCAGCAAGCACCGUUAUCGCCUCAAUCUGCGACGUCUACACGCAUCACUUCUUGCGCAUCAACGCCCCUAGCCAAGAAAAUGCAACGUCCCAACGCCGUAGUGAGACCAACAAGUCUCGAUGAAAUAUGGAACGAUCUGGAGGAUGGCAUUAAGCAAGUGUUUCAGCCAGAGAAAUCUAACCUCUCGACCGAUCGGUAUAUGCACCUGUACACAUACGUCUAUAACUAUUGCACAAGUGUGAAUACUGUGCAACGGUCGACGGCACGGGCAGGUGGGGCACAGUUGGUCGGCAAGAAGCUAUAUGACCGUCUCAAAGAGUUCCUCAAAACCUAUUUAACCGGAUUACAGAAGGCGUUUGAUAAUAUUGAGGGUGAAGAAAUACUGCUGACACACUACACCAAACAAUGGGAAUCGUAUCAGUUUUCAAGCAAGGUUUUAAAUGGCAUUUGCAGUUAUUUAAACAGACACUGGGUGAAAAGAGAAUGCGAAGAAGGUCAGAAAGGUAUUUAUGACGUAUAUAGACUAGCCUUGGUCACGUGGAAGGAAAAUCUGUUCCGAACCCUGAAUGAAUCAGUUACAAACGCCGUAUUACGAUCCAUUGAGGAGGAACGUAACUCUCAAACUAUAAAUCGCCACCUCAUUAAGAGUGUCAUAAAUUCAUACGUCGAAUUGGGCUUCAAUGAAGAAGAAUCAGACUCUGAUAAUUCCAAGAAAUUGUCCGUUUACAGAGAGCACUUUGAGAAUAAAUUUAUAAAGAAAACUGCAGAGUUUUACAAAAAACAAUCUGAGGUGUAUCUUAGCAGCUAUUCAGUAUCUGAUUAUCUGAAACAUGUGGAAGAUCGCCUUGACGAAGAAAGCAAACGAGUGAAUCGUGACGAGUUUUCUUAUUUACAUGAGAGCACACAUAAUAUAUUGAUCAAGACGUGCGAACAGGCAUUAAUUGAGAAGCACCUGGAGAGAUUUCGUGCCGAGUUUCAGAAAUUUCUUAACGACAAUAAAAAUGAUGAUUUAAAACGCAUGUACAGUUUAGUUGCACGUAAUCCGGAAAAUUUAGCCGAUCUUAAGCGUAUAUUGGGUGAUCACAUAUUAGAGCAAGGCACAGAGGCCAUAAAGAAAGCUGGUGCCGAAGCAGCCAACGAUCCUAAAUUGUACGUGCAAACCAUAUUAGAAGUACAUAAGAAAUACCAUGGUCUCGUGGUGAUGGCCUUUAACAACGACAAUGGUUUUGUGGCAGCACUUGACAAGGCAUGCGAGAGAUUCAUUAAUUUGAACGAAGUAACACAGGCAAUUAGCGCCAACAAAUCACCAGAAUUGCUUGCCAAAUAUUGUGACUUGUUGCUGAAGAAAUCUUCCAAGAAUCCCGAAGAUAAGGAACUCGAAGAUAAUCUGAACCAAGUAAUGGUAGUUUUUAAAUACAUUGAGGACAAGGACGUAUUCCAAAAGUUCUACUCAAAAAUGCUUGCCAAACGUCUGGUAUAUCAUACAUCUGCUUCUGAUGAUGCCGAGGCGAUAAUGAUUUCCAAAUUGAAGCAAACUUGCGGUUAUGAAUACACCAUUAAAUUGCAACGCAUGUUCCAAGACAUUGGGCUAUCCAAGGAUUUGAAUGCAAGCUUCAAGCAACAUUUAGUAAACUCAAGAAUACCACAAGAAAUAGAUUUUAGCAUUGAAGUAUUGUCAUCGGGUUCGUGGCCAUUUAACCAGAGCACCACAUUUUUGUUGCCCUCAGAAUUGGAGCGUUCUGUACAACAGUUUAAUGAAUUCUAUGCUAAUCGGCAUUCAGGCCGCAAACUGAAUUGGCUGUAUAAUUUGUGCAAGGGUGAUUUGGUUACAAAUUGUUUCCGAAAUCGGUAUACCUUGCAGGCAAGCACGUUUCAAAUGGCUGUGCUCUUACAAUUCAAUGACCAAACAAAAUUUACUUUACAGCAAUUACAAGAAAAUACCCAAAUUAGCUUAGAACAUCUGAAACAGGUGCUGCAGAUUUUAAUGAAAGCAAAGCUGCUUGUUUGCGCUGAUGAUGAGAAUUCGCUCAAUCCCAACUCUGUGAUGGAGUUAUUCUUGGAUUAUAAAAACAAGAAGCUUCGUAUUAACAUCAAUCAACCACUAAAGACUGAGCUCAAAGUGGAGCAAGAAGCAAUUCAUAAGCAUAUUGAGGAAGAUCGUAAAAUGCUUAUACAAGCCGCCAUUGUACGAAUAAUGAAAAUGCGUAAGAAGCUUAACCAUACACAGCUUAUUACUGAGGUACUCAACCAGUUGGCGUCUCGCUUCAAACCUAAGGUGCAGGUGAUUAAGAAAUGCAUUGAUAUUCUGAUUGAAAAGGAGUAUCUGGAGCGUAUGGAGGGACAGAAGGAUACUUACAGUUAUUUGGCAUAAAUGUUUUACUUAAAUCAUUGAAGUCAGUAAACUCAAUCACAACUGCACAUAAAAACAACUCGUGCAUCGCGAUGAUAAUUAUUUUAUAUUUCAAUUUUCUGUUAAACAAUAAAAAAAUCACGCUCAUGUGGUCAUUCAGUUUAA